GACGUGGACGUCUCAGCUGAAUAUAAUCUCCUUAACCAUAGCAACAGAAACAACUUUACGAUAACCAAACUACUGGAAACAAUAGAAUGACACAAUACAAACAGGUUCAGAUUGCCGAAGGGAAGGGGACCAUUCUAAUUUAUCUUCAGUGUUAUUUUGUAACCAUAGCAACUAUUUUGGGAACAGGUAUUCUGGGACUUCCAGUGACGCUGAACGAGGCCGGUCUCUACCCAUUUCUUAUCUCCUUCCUUAUCGGGGCAUGUAUGCAGGCGGUGUUGAUUUACUUCUUCACGGAACUGUUACAGUUGGCUCACGCCACACAACAACAGAUCGGCAAGGAGGAGUUAGUUCCCUUGAAUGACCUAACGGAUGAUGCUGGUUACCUAGCCUCUGAUGAGGACCAAGAAAGUGGUGAGAUUUUAUAUGAUGAAGAUGAUAAAAUUAUUGAGAGGAAAUCUACAAAGAGGCAGAAAGGUGCCCUGUCAUCUGAGGACGGUGUGAGGCCCCCUAAUCUUCACCUCCUUGGGGAACUGUUUCUGGGCUGUGGUUGGAGGCAGAUGUUUGACAUAAUCCUUGUCCUACAGUUCAUUGCUCUCUUGAUCAGCUAUGCGUUGGCUGGAAGUGAGGCGUAUGCAGAGCUGAUAGGUGUGGAACAUGUUUAUGUGAUACCUGUAUUCGUGUGGGUCCUCACACUGGCCAUCGUGUUCGCCCUCAAGUUUAUCCAGCCGGUUGUCUCUGUGUUCACCUUUUUUAAAGGAUCUCUCCUACUGGGAACUGUGAUAGUGACUUUCUAUGUGGGGGCAGAGGUCAACAGAGAAAUUCACAAUGACUUUAGUGCCGUGGGAGCUCCCUUCCUCAUGGGAACCGUUGCCCUUGGGGGUGUAAUCAACACAAUGCCGUUGAUGUACAGUAAGAUCAGUCCGGUGACUAAUCAGGUGAAGUAUUUCCGCUUAGCUGUGAUUUUAGGUUUAGUGACAUGUACAGUGUUAAAUGUUUUAUGGUGCUGGGCAGUGCUGGACAUUGUCCCCCAGUUAGCUGUAUCGCCCUGUAGUAUAAACCGUACUCUCUCUGUACAACAGCAGAGGGGUGAUCAAAGUCAGAUUUGUGAAAAUUCCAUUUCACUUGAAGGAUCUGCAGCAGUUGGAGAAAUCUCAACCAUACCUCUUACAAAAAUAAUAGAAGAGAAUUACCCGUCCUUUUACUAUGUGGCUAUACUGGUGGAGGUGUUUAUAGUGGUCAGCAUUACAGUGUCCUUCCUGACUAUAGGGGCAGUUCUCCAUCACACAUUACAGGGGUGGGUAGAUUCUGUCUGGGCCAGAAAACGUCCCAGUGGUGGUACAAAGACUGUGACUGGAUGUUGUAACCAGCAUUUUUGGUGCCAUUCAUUCCUAUCCCUAGCCAUGUUUGGGAUAGUGUUUACUGUGGCCAUGAUGGACCCUCAGGGGUUUGUUGAUAUACUGGAGAAAUUUUCAUCCUUUACUGUUAAUUUGGAAGCUGGAGUAUUUGUGUUUUUAAUGUUAUUACGGGCCCGGAGGAAAGAUAACAAAAGAUAUCUAAAGAUUCCUUUGCCAGUUCCUAACUCUGUACGGUGGCUACAGUUUCUGAUCCCGUUAUAUUUCGGGUUUGCAGUGAUAUAUGACUUGUAUAACAGUGUCCGAGACAUUGUGGCUGGUAGGGGUGGACAGUCCUACAUAUUACAGACUGCAGUGUUUAACCAAUCACAGACAACCAUGCUGCCUUACAUUAAUACAUCUCUAACAUUGUUAUUACAGGGGUGGGUAGAUUCUGUCUGGGCCAGAAAACGUCCCAGUGGUGGUACAAAGACUGUGACUGGAUGUUGUAACCAGCAUUUUUGGUGCCAUUCAUUCCUGUCCCUAGCCAUGUUUGGGAUAGUGUUUACUGUGGCCAUGAUGGACCCUCAGGGGUUUGUUGAUAUACUGGAGAAAUUUUCAUCCUUUACUGUUAAUUUGGAAGCUGGAGUUUUUGUGUUUUUAAUGUUAUUACGGGCCCGGAGGAAAGAUAACAAAAGAUAUCUAAAGAUUCCUUUGCCAGUUCCUAGCUCUGUACGGUGGCUACAGUUUCUGAUCCCGUUAUAUUUCGGGUUUGCAGUGAUAUAUGACUUGUAUAACAGUGUCCGAGACAUUGUGGCUGGUAGGGGUGGACAGUCCUACAUAUUACAGACUGCAGUGUCUAACCAAUCACAGACAACCACGUUGCCUUACAUUAAUACAUCUCUAACAUUGUUAUAAACUGUGAAAUGCUGAUGUAGUGAAAGUUUUAAAAAUAAUGUUAGGUAUGAUUAUAUAAUACAUAUAUGUAUAUUAUGUGAAACGGCUUUAGAAAAGUAUUUUACAGUGAUGGUUUUGAAUUGGUUAUGAUUUUUAUGCUUUGACUAUAUGAGUACAAUUAUAGAUUGGCAAUCUUCGAUAUAAGUACGAGGACUGUCAGAGGUAUGAGGAUUUGGAUCACAAGUACAGUAUAGAAGAUUUUGAACUGCCCUGCCCAAAUAUGACCAUCAGGGAGUCUUAUAUCAUUGCACAAACGUAACAACCAAUAUUUCAAUAAAUUAGAUAUACUUUCUGUUUAAAGAAAUAUCUCUGAGAAAAGUUAUGGAGGGCUAAUCACUUCUAUCCAAUAAAAAACUAUUGGUAUUAAACCAGCUGUAUAAACAUCCUUGUCAUUGUACAUAUGCUCAUUGUCUUGGAGGCAUUAGU